AAACCGAAAAGGCAAGAGUCGAAAAAGCAAAGCGAAGCGAAGACAUAAGAGGGAGUCUAAGCUUAAGCUAGGCGAGAAUGCCUCUCGAAGAGCAGGCAGCGAUUCAGACAUCGACGACCCGGAUUCGCCCCUCUAUCCUCGCUAGAUUUUCUUCGCUCCCUCACGCAAAUCUUCUCCUUCGUCUUCUUCAUCUGUUCGAUCGAAUAAGCUCGAGGGAGGAUCGAUUUGGGUUUCUCUUGAUUCUUUGACUUGGGUCGCUCUCUCUGCAACUCGAUUUCGAGGAGGAGGAGGAGGAGGAGGAGGAGGAGGGAAGAAGGAUGCGAAGCAUGGUCAGCUCCAACGCCUCCAAGGGCAUCGUCGCCAUCGUCGGCGUUGGCCCUAAGCUCGGCCGCUCCGUCGCCCGCAAGUUCGCCCACGAGGGCUACACCGUCGCCAUUCUCGCCCGCGACCUCGGCAGGUUGUCGAGGUUCGCGGACGAGAUAGCGAGGGAAGAGAAGGCGCAGGUGUUCGCGAUAAGGAUAGACUGCUCGGACACGAGGAGCAUCCGGGAGGCGUUCGAGGGCGUGCUGUCCCUCGGCUUCGUCGAGAUCCUGGUGUACAACGCGUACCAGCCCGUGCCGUGGCUCCCCACUGCCUUCGCCGACCUCCGCCUCGACGCCUUCGAGAAGUCCCUCGCCGUCUCCGCCGUGGGCGCCUUCCACUGCGCUCAACAGGUCCUGCCGGGGAUGGUGGAGAGAGGCAGAGGGACGAUUCUCUUCACCGGCUGUUCAGCCUCUCUCAAUGGCAUUGCAGGCUUCUCUGAACUAUGCUGCGGGAAGUUCGCAUUGAGGGCACUGUCACAGUGCCUGGCUAGAGAAUUCCAGCCGCUUGGAGUGCACGUUGCUCAUGUCAUCCUCGACGGCGUCGUCGGCCCACCAAGGGGACCAUCGACGGCACAGAGAGCGUUGGUUGGGGAGCAACUACAGCAAACCUUCAGCGCAGGAGGAGAUCAUGGGUCUGGGGCCGGGUCCGGGACCGGGUCCACAUCCGCAUCUGCGUCCAACUCCACAGUGAUGGACCCCGACGCGGUGGCUCAGACCUACUGGCACUUGCACGUUCAGGACCGAGCCGCUUGGACCCAGGAGAUUGACCUCCGCUCUGCCAACCUCCGACUCUUCUAGUAGUAGUCCUUACUCAAA